AUGCCGUUGCCCAGAGAAGAACUAUACGACCACGUUCUCAGUGAAGAAUUUGACGACUACGUCAAUCAGAGACAGUGUUGCCGAUGCUCUCCGAAGCCCAAACGCUGGCCGAACAAAGAAAUCGGAAUUCUCAGUAAACCGAGGUGCAACUCAUCUGCGCUGCUGUUGAUCGCGCUUGCGAUCGCCAUCGCUCUGAUGUUCGGACUCUACCGAAGUUACGGACAUUAUUGGACCGAAACAGCUCCUGGGGAGCGGCCACAGAAAGUCCACGAAUAUUGUCUGUACUGCUUGUUUGUGAAGAAAAUUAAAUUUUCCUUACGGUACACGUCCGCCCGAAUCCGGUCACUGGUUUUCGGCCCGUGUAGCGGUUUUAACUCUAUAAAGUCACGGUGUCCGGCGUAA